GUUACAGUGGAUUUUUCGCGGAAGUUGCAUUUACUCCUUUCUCUUUCCAUUUUCUCUUCAUAUCGCACCUAACACCGCCAAAAGAGAAGCAGUUAAUCGCUUUUAGCGGUGUAUGACGAGCGCUUCGGAAUUAUUCCACAUCAGGAGGCACCGAUUGGGACGAAAUGAUCUCGAUUCAGCUUUCCACUCUUCCCCCACUCCAGAUUUCCAUCACCACCGCCUUCACGACUCCGACGACGACGAUUCUCUCCGCACCCGCCGCCACUACAACGUCCGCCGCAUCCGUCACCCGGAGCGUACAUUUGAUAGAUUUGAUGGAAGGUAUCGUCGGUCUCUAGUAAAUGAUAGCGUUGAUUCGGGAGAAAACGUGAGAGCUACUCCAAGAGCGAGUGCCAGUGACAGAUUACCUGUAGGUGUGGUACUUGCGCGUGAAAGACUCCUACAGAGGUUGAGAGGAGAGCCUGUUGAUAGAAACAGGCAACAUGAUAGAGAUUCAACGGACGAGGAUCAAGAAAGUGAGUUAUCAAGUGACGUUCCAACCGUUGACUCUUUAGUUACUGAUUUGACUUCUCAAAUGGCAAGGUCUCUGCUCUUGCAAGAACCAUCCAAAAAGCCACCCGGACUCACUCAGGAGGCCCUGGACUGUUUGCACCUUGAAGUUUUUAGAAGCAGCGAUAUGAAAUCAGAAUCCAGGAUACUGCAGGAUUGUGGGAUAUGCUUGGAAUCUUUCAGGGAUGGAGAUGAACUGAUCCAUUUGCAAUGUGGACAUAAAUUUCACUCUGCUUGUUUGGAUCCUUGGAUUCGCAGUUGUGGAGACUGUCCGUACUGUCGAAGAUGUAUAGUUGUAAAUUGUCACCUUCCAAAGAAUGAAGCUGCUUAGUUUCUAGAUUUAUUUUCUUUUACUCUGUGACUGUAUGAAGUGUGCUGCAAUGGAGCUGUGGCAUUUUGUAGUGGUGUGGUGUUUUAUCUUUAAAUUAAGUAGUUUUUCUUGCUUUCAACUCUGUUUCUUGUACUUUUAGUGUGUCAAAACGGGAGCCAAUAUGUGCCUAAGUGCCUUGCUCCCGCGAAUGAGAGGAGCAGUGGUAGAGGAUACAGGAUUUGGAGAAAUGGCCCGUUCUAUAUCUAUGACAGCAAGGUCUUUAUAGUAAUAUAUAAUCUAAUUUUUCAUAAAA